UCACCCUUUAUAAAACAAACCACACCCACCCACCACCACCACCACCACCACACCUGGAUGGGCCAAUCCUCUUCCACCCACGCGCCACCGCGGUCAACCCACCGCCACCACCGCUCCUCCUCCUUCUCCACCCGAUCAGACAUCUUCUCUUUCAUCCACUCCAAACCCAACAACACUAUCCAAACUCCUAUAAUCAUUUCAGAUCAAAUCAUUCCCACCACAAUAAUAGACUACACAUCUGAAAUUCCAGACGAAUGUUUAGCCUUAAUCUUCCAAUUCCUCACCUCCACCGACCGUAAACACUGCUCCCUCGUCUCCUCCCGCUGGCUCCUCGUCGAAGGCCAGAGCCGCCACCGCCUGGCCCUCAACGCUCAAGCAGACGUUCUACCACUCAUUCCAUCUAUCUUCUCCCGAUUCGACUCCGUUACGAAGCUCGCUCUCCGCUGCGACCGUAGAUCCGUAUCUGUAGGGGACGAAGGAUUGGUUCUGAUAUCCCAACGGUGCCCUAAUCUCACGCGCCUUAAGCUACGCGGCUGCCGUGAGGUAUCCGCUGUAGGUAUGUCUUCCGUAGCGAAAAACUGUAGGUUUUUGAAGAAAUUCUCGUGUGGAUCUUGUAUGUUUGGAGCGAAAGGGAUCAACGCGCUGCUUGAAAACAGUUGUUCACUUGAGGAGCUUUCGGUUAAGCGGCUACGAGAUGUUAACGACGGCUCAGCCGAGCCGAUUGGUAUUGGCGCGGCUGCGAAUUCGUUGAAAUCGGUUUGUUUGAAAGAGCUUUAUAACGGACAGUUGUUUGGCUCGUUGAUUUGUGGUGCGAAGAGAUUGAAGACGUUGAAGUUGUUAAGAUGUUUGGGUGAUUGGGAUAGGUUGUUAACGGAGGUUACUGAUUCGGAUAAUUGUUUGGUUGAAGUUCAUUUGGAUAGGGUUCAAGUGAGUGAUGUUGGUUUGAGUUCGUUAUCGAAUUGUUCGAAAUUGGAGAUUCUGCAUAUUGUUAAAACGCCCGAGUGUACGAAUGUUGGAGUUGUUGCGGUCGCGGAACACUGUAGGUAUUUGCGGAAGCUUCAUAUCGAUGGAUGGAGAACGAAUAGGAUAGGGAACGAGGGUUUGCUAGCGAUUGCGAAGCAUAGCGCGAACCUUCAAGAGUUGGUGUUGAUUGGGGUUAAUCCGAAUGCCGUUAGUUUAGAAGCGAUUGCGACGAAUUGUCAGAAGUUGGAGAGGUUGGCGUUGUGUGGAAGUGAGACGAUAGCGGAUGGGGAGAUAUCGUGUAUUGCGUCGAAAUGCGUUGCGUUAAAGAAGCUUUGUAUAAAGGGGUGUCCUGUGUCUGAUGAAGGGAUUGAAGCUUUCGCUUGGGGGUGUCCGAAAUUGGUUAAGAUUAAGGUGAAGAAAUGCAAGAAUGUGACGUGUGAGGUUGGGGAUUGGUUACGCGCGCGCAGAGGUUCGUUGGUGGUUAAUUUGGAUGUGUGUGAGGUCGAGACUGAGGUGGUGGAUGCGAGCGCUAGUGAUGGUGGAGUGCAAGAGGAUGCGGUUGAGUUUCCGCCGAUUGUUAGCCAGCCUAACCCGCCUCCGAUUAGAUCCAACUCGACGGGUAACAGUCGUCGAACGUCUAUCUUCAAGACGAGAUUCGGGUUUCUUGGAGGUAGGGGACUUGUGCCUUGCACUUUCAGGAGAUGGUCAAAUGGUAAUAGCAGUUCCAAUUCCAAUGGUAGCUCAUGAACUAUCAUAUAUGAACUUAAAUUGAUUCACAAGCUUGCAUAUUGGUGUUAAUAGCUGAUUGCAUUUCAUUUCAAUUACUGCAUGAUUCACCUUUUUUUUUUACUUUUGAAUUUGAUCUCAAGUUUAGUUCUUUCUUUGGCUUUGAUUGUAGUUGUCCUGCCUUUUGAUACUUUUUUUGUUUUUGUUUUUGUUUUUGUUUUUGUUUUUGUUUUUGUUUUUGUUUUUGUUUUCAACUUCUCUUUUAAUUAUUUGUCACAUGGAAACAGUUGUAGAAUAUGACAUGGCACUCUGUUACAAACUCUUACGCGGGUUUCGGGCUGAUCUUGGUUUAGUUUGUAUCACAUGAUCGUGCCUAAAAACACGUCGUUUAACCCUAUCUUGGUUGUUUCUGUAGGCUGCAAAGUGUUGUGUAUAUUUGUCGAAUCAGAGUUGUGUUGAUCUUCUUCACUGUUUAUACAGUUAUCCUUUGUUGCUGUC